AUGGAGCACGAGCAGGUGCUAGUUGUGCCUCAGGUGUCCGGUAAUAGCAGCUGCUGCACCUGCAGCAACACGAGCUCCGGCUCCCUGAACGCGUCGUCGCCGAGCUCCGACGACAGCAGCGCCGUCGCCGCCGGCAAGAAGCGGCCGCGCAGGGACCUGAAGCACCCGACGUACCGCGGCGUGCGCAUGCGCACCUGGGGCAAGUGGGUGUCCGAGAUCAGGGAGCCCCGCAAGAAGUCCCGCAUCUGGCUCGGCACCUUCGACACCGCCGAGAUGGCCGCGCGCGCGCACGACGUCGCCGCCAUCGCCAUCAAGGGCCGCGCCGCGCACCUCAACUUCCCGGACCUCGCGCACGAGCUGCCGCGCGCCGCGUCCGCCGCGCCCAAGGACGUGCAGGCCGCCGCCGCGCUCGCCGCGGCCACGCCGUCGACCCUCGACGCGCUCUCGCCCGACAGCAUUGCUGCGAAGGAGCAGCAGGAGGAGGCGGUUGAGGAGGUUUCGGAGCCGGCAGCGCCCGAGCAGGCAUCGUCGCCGGAUUGUUCGUUGAUCGAGAAUGCAGGACCCGAAUAUGGUGGCAUUGGGCUCGACUACGCGUUUCUCGACGUGCCGGACUUCCUCCUUGAGUUCGGGCUCGCGUCGCCGGAGCCACCGUCCUACUGCGGUUCGCCGUGGGACGACGUCGACGACAGUCUCUUCUUCGGGGAACCGUUGCUGCUCUGGGAGCACUGA